AUAUAAAUAAAUAAAGCUAGCGUGGUCAGCACCAAAAAUAAUAAUAAAACUUUUUCGGCAGUGCCAGUGGCAAUCAAUGUAAUAUGCCACUCAGAAAUAAUAAACAAAUAGUCGCACAAUUUCUCUUCUUAUCUCCAAAAAAAACUACUCAUCAUUAUUUAUAGAUAUUCUUCAACCUCCUCAUAUCUUAGUUGAAUCCAUAUUUCAAAGUUCAAAAAUCAAACCACAAAAAAAAGAAUGGUUGGUGCUGAACAAGUUCUGAAACUCCUAGAUUCCUAUUGGUUUGAGACUACAAUCUUAAGCAACAAAGCCCUUUCAAAACGUGAUCAAUAUUCCCAUAAUAAGAAGGUGGUGGAAGAAGGAAAAGAAGAAGAACAAGUGAUUCUUUCCACGGAUAUAAAGCUCAUAGAAGAAGUUGCAAAAGCAGCUAAUAAUACACUUGAAUUCAGGUCCUUCAGUGAUCAAAACUUGGGACACACGGCAUCUGUUUUCUCAGAUUCGCCGUCGCCGAAUUCUGUCCUCACUUUACAGAAACUGAGGACGAUUCCUUCCGGAACAGACGUAAGAGAAUUCGCAGUGGAAAGUUCUAGAAGCCAUGAAAACCAACACACAGUCAAAAGAAGAAGAUUCAAGAACAGAGGCAAUUUUUACAGCAGCAAGAGCUUAACGGAACUUGAGUUUCAGGAGCUGAAAGGGUUUAUGGAUUUGGGUUUUGUGUUCACUGAAGAAGAUAAAGAUUCAAGGUUGGUUUCUUUGAUACCUGGGUUGCAAAGAUUGGGAAGAGAAGAAAACGAAGAACAAAACAAAAAUGAUGGAAUUGCUUUGGUUUCGAAUUCUAAGCCUUAUUUAUCAGAAGCUUGGGAUUUUUAUGAACAAAAGGAGAUUAGAAAUAUUUCAUUGUUCAAUUGGAGGGUGCCAGCUUUGGGAAAUGAGAAUGACAUGAAGCACAAUCUUAAGUCUUGGGCUCAUACAGUUGCAUCUAUUGUAAGAUAAUCCUCGUCCAAAAUUCGCGUUAAAUUAUUUUUAUGUGAAAUUAAUAGUUAAAAAUUGUAAGAUAAUUUAAUAUAUUUAACUAAAUUGUCAUCACAUAAAUAACUGUACUUGAAUUUUUACCUAAAAAAUACCUUAUAUUUUUUUUGUUCU